AUGCAUUAUACGUCUGGUAUGGGCUAUUUAGUUUCUUGGGAUAUCGUCGAAUGGAUUACGGACUCAAAAAUUCCGAAAAAUCAUAUGGAAAGACAGAAGGAUAAAACUUUUGGUGAGUGGCUAGGAGAUGGUAGUCGUCAAAUGAACAGGUACAAUGCUAAAUGGUCGAUGUACAACUACCCUGAGCCUCCCACGAGAUGUACCCACGAACUAUGGCCGGAUACCAUUGCUGUUCACCUUUUGAAGACACGAGAAGUGGAUUCCGACAUUGAAAUACUUCCACAUGGUUGUUUCGUUUUGAUUCAAGAUUUUCUAGAAAUUUUAAAUCCAUGUUUGAANAUAACACAAAUUGAUGCAUAUGGAGUUACCACCACCCUUUUCUGGUGUAGUGCGGUGGGAGCCGAAGCAGUAGCAACUGUCGGAGAUGGAGCAUCCACUUUAGAGGCAGGCGAUGAUUCCUCAACCUUAAGCGAUGACUAA